UUGUUCUUUACUCCCUGCUGGACAUUUGAAGGUUGUGAAACCAGAGGAAAUGUUGUAUGUCUAAACCAGGAGGUCCAACAAGGCCUAAACGUUGGUUUUGUAACGAAUACAAGAAUCACCCAUGCUACACCAGCAGCACUAUACGCAAAGGGUGUUCAUCGAUCGUUAGAGCUCGAAAUUCCUGAUGAGUUAAAAGCACACUGCAAGAGAGAUAUUGCUUCGCAAAUACUGCACCGUCCAGCUUCGGAAUUUAAGGUGAUGAUGGGAGGAGGAAGAGCCUUCUUCAUGAAUGCCACAAGAAAUGGAAAGCGGACAGACGGCCGUAAUAUUGAUUUUGCAUGGGAACGACUAGGUGGCCGGCGUAAAGUAUUGCGUUCUGUAGACGAUCUGUGGCAAUACGAUGUUUCCAAGGGUGGCAAGGUGUUAGGUAUGGUUUUCCAUAGCAGAAUUUGUUACAACAAAAGCUGUUAG